UCUGUCAUAUCACUCAACCCCUACAGGGGGAGGUGCCCCGGGCACUUUCAGCAAAAAGAGAAAAUAUGUUUAUGGCUGAAGGGGAAAAAAGCCGUGUUUAAGUAAAAAGCUGCUGGACAGAGUUGUUUGGACGUUGUGGAAGUUUCUUCUGACAUCACGCAUCCGGUGCCAUGAACAACGAGUUUUUUCAGUCAUGUGGCCAAAUCUGGAUUGUCCUUCUGCUGACGACCGUCCCAGUUGUUCAGAGCGGGAAGGUUCUUGUCUUUCCUGUGGAUGGCAGUCACUGGGUCAACAUGAACAUCUUGGUUGAAGCACUUCAUGCCAAAGGUCACAAUGUUACAGUCAUCCGGAUGGCAGACAGCUGGUACAUCAAAGAAUCCUCACCUCACUACACAUCGAUCAAUCUCAAGUCUGAAGGAGGAUUUAGUGAAGAAUUCUAUGAGAUGUUUGCACUCAGACUCAUGAAAAUUCAGAGGGAAGGUUCCACCUGGGCUCGCCUCAAGCUGGAGAUAGAGAUGUGGGAAAGUACUUUUGAGUUGACGAAAAUAGAAAGAGAGAUGAUUAACAGUAUGAUGGAAGAUCAGCAGCUGAUGCAGUCCUUUAGGGAUGCCAAGUAUGAUUUGCUCCUUACAGAUCCACUCUUGUUUGGAGGCACCCUUUUGGGCCAUUUUCUGAAACUGCCCAUUGUCUACAAUGUCCGUUGGAUAAUGUAUAGUGAAGGUCAUUUUGCAAUAGCGCCCUCUCCGCUUUCUUAUGUUCCUUCUCUAAUGGUGGAGUUAUCAGACCGCAUGAGCUUUUUUCAAAGAGUGAAGAAUGUUUUGGUGUACAUCAUAACUGAAGCACAAGGCGCUUUCCUGUUCGCUCCACAUUAUAAUGCACUUUGUGAACGGUACAUUGGUCCAGGAGUGAACUUCCUUACCUUACUUCAGAGUGCUGAUCUGUGGCUCCAUAGAGUUGAUUUCAUUUUUGAAUUCCCGCGUCCCACUAUGCCAAACAUCGUCUACAUGGGAGGUUUUCAGUGCAAGCCAUCAAAGCCUCUUCCACAAGAUCUGGAGGACUUUGUGCAGAGCUCUGGGGAGCAUGGUGUCAUCAUCAUGUCUCUGGGCACUCUCAUUGGUCAGCUUCCUGAUGAUGUGGCAGAGGCAAUUGCUGAAGCUUUUGCAGAACUUCCACAGAAGAUCAUCUGGAGGUACAAAGGAAAGAGACCGUCGGCACUAGGGAACAACACCUUAAUGCUGGACUGGAUGCCUCAGAACGAUCUUCUGGGUCACCCUAAGACCAGAGCCUUUGUGGCACAUGGAGGAACCAAUGGCAUUCAAGAAGCCAUCUACCACGGGGUACCGAUCAUUGGGUUUGGGCUGAUUUUUGACCAGCCCGAUAAUCUUUCUAAAAUGAGAGUAAAGGGUGUAGCCAAGAAUGUAGACUUUGCCACAGUGGAUAAGGACUCCUUCCUUCAAACUGUCAAAGAGGUCCUUUAUGAGCCCUCUUAUCGGGAGAACAUGCAGAGGCUCUCGAGGCUUCACAAGGACGUCCCAGUGAAGCCUCUGGACAACGCCAUCUUCUGGAUUGAGUUUGUUAUGAGGCACAAAGGUGCCGCUCACUUGCGCACAGACUCUUACAAAAUGCCCUGGUACUCUUAUCACUCUGUUGAUGUCGUUCUGCUCCUGCUUUCUGCUGUGUCACUCAUCAUCCUGACUAUAUAUGCACUUAUCAAGUAUUUCUGCUGCAGAAUAUGCAUGAGAAAAGCAAAGAGCAAAAGUGAAUGAUUUUUAACUAAAUUGACACAUUGUGUUUUUACACAAAGACUCAGUAUCUGUAUUUUUUCUGUUAGACUAUAUUCAAACCUUUUUUCAGUAAAAUAAUCAGGUCGAUCUCUUCAUUAAAAUUUCAUUUUAUUUGGUGAUUUAUUCAUUUUUAUUCAUUCAAAUCAUUAUAUUAUUAUGCAUUACACUAUAAUUUUCACUCACUAUAGGUACAAAUCUUGUAAAAAUAUGUAAUUUAUUGUAUAGAGUGUAUCACAGCAUUCAGUGGUCAGAUAUUUCCUAAUAUUCACCAUCUUGCGUCUCAGUUAUCGACUAUUGAUACUGACCUCUGAGAUUUUCAAUAUUAAUAUUACUUUAAAGUUAUAGUGUUCUUCUCUGCUCCUGAUCACCCUGUCAUCAUUUAUUUUGUAAUAAAAACCAACUGAACGUACAUUAAUUCUUAUAUACUUAGCCCUGGUGAUGGAAAAAAACAAACAAAAGCAAAUGACUGUUGUUUCUUUUACUAUUAUUGUUAUUUU